UGUUUACCAAAAAACGACUGCCUUGAGGACCAACCUUUCAAAGUUGCCUUUAAAAAGUUAUUUUGUUUGAUAAUUAAGUCCUGGAGCCCACCGCGCGAUGAUUAUUCUGGACCCACAAGGCAGAGAACCUGCGUGACGUUUUUCUCGAAGUUUAAUUACCGUAUGCUAAUUUCCUUGCCUACUACGUGAUUAAUUAAAAUCAUAUUUUCAUAAUCAUUUGGCACUAGUAUUGUUUUAGAAUUAUCAUGAUCUCCUAAAUAGUGUCUGUAAAUAAAGUCGCCUCUAAUGGCAGGCGCGGGAGGCGAGGCUGAGGACCUCUUCGUGUUUGUAUCGCGGCGAUUGGCAACAUAACUGCCUUAUUUACAUUAAAUACGCCACAAGGUUACAGCGCGGAUCAACGUCAUUUGAUCGCUGAUGACUCCCUUAAACGCCCGGGCUGUGACUGAUUCUCCGAGUCCCGCUGUCCACCGAGAUUCACCCGGGAGUUUUUUUUUCCCCCCAGAAAAGAAACAGACUUUAAAUAGUUUCAGGAGCAGUUCCUGACCACCUCGGCUUUAAGAAUAUUCUGCACCCAGGAGGGAGCUACAUUACUUUAAGACUUGCUGGUUUCCUGGCAAAUUCAGUGGCCUACGCUGGGCUUAAAUUUGUGAUUCUCCUGCCCCAGCCUCCCAAAGAAGAGUUACAGGGAGCUGGGACGCCCCUCUGGCAAUCUGUCAGUGCCUGCAUCAACAGUCUCCUUCCUGGGGUAUUUUCUCACCAGACUGACAGUCCUUAAGACAAGUAUGCAGUUAAGCUGCUAAGGGAUGGAAGAAGCGAGUCUGUGCCUUGGAGUGUCCUCGGCGGCCCCUGAAGCUGAGCCCCACCUGAGCAGCCCCGUCCUUAACGGCCAGUAUGCCAUGAGUCAGAAGCUACACCAGAUCACCUCACAGCUCAGCCAUGCCUUCCCGGAGCUGCACCCGAGGCCCAACCCUGAGGAGAAGGCCCCCGCACCCCUGGAUGAGAAGGCCCACGUGCCCAUGAGUGGCCAGCCCAUGGGCAGUCAGAUGGCGCUCCUGGCUAAUCAGCUGGGCCGCGAUGUGGACACCAGCCUCAAUGGGCGCGUGGACCUGCAGCAGUUCCUCAACGGGCAGAACCUGGGCAUCAUGUCCCAGAUGAGCGACAUCGAGGACGACGCGCGCAAAAACCGCAAGUACCCGUGUCCUCUCUGCGGCAAGCGCUUCCGGUUUAACAGCAUCCUGUCUCUGCACAUGCGCACCCACACGGGAGAGAAGCCCUUCAAAUGUCCUUACUGCGACCACCGCGCGGCGCAGAAGGGCAACCUCAAGAUUCACCUGCGGACCCACAAGCUGGGCAACCUGGGGAAAGGGCGCGGGCGGGUGCGCGAGGAGAACCGCCUGCUGCACGAGCUGGAGGAGAGGGCCAUCCUGCGGGACAAGCAGAUGAAGAGCAGCCUGCUGCAGCCUCGGCCUGACCUGAAGCCCCCGCCACACGUACAGCAGGCCCCGCUGGCCACCUGCAACCUGGCCCUGCCUGCCAACCACAAUGUGCCCGACGUGGCGAACCCGGUGCCCUCGCCUAAGCCCGUCAACGUGCAGGAGGACGCAGUGGCCCCAGCCGCAGGCUUCCGCUGCACUUUCUGCAAAGGCAAAUUCAAGAAGCGGGAGGAGCUGGACCGCCACAUUCGCAUCCUGCACAAGCCCUACAAGUGCACGCUGUGCGACUUCGCAGCGUCGCAGGAGGAGGAGCUCAUCAGCCACGUGGAGAAGGCCCACAUCACCGCUGAGUCUGCACAGGGCCAGGGCCCCAACAGCGGCGGAGAGCAGUCGGCCAACGAGUUCCGCUGUGAGGUGUGUGGCCAGGUGUUCAGCCAGGCGUGGUUCUUGAAAGGCCACAUGCGGAAGCACAAAGACUCUUUUGAGCAUUGCUGUCAGAUCUGCGGUCGGCGCUUCAAAGAGCCCUGGUUCCUCAAAAAUCAUAUGAAGGUCCACCUCAACAAGCUAUCGGUGAAGAACAAGUCCCCCAGUGAGCCCGAGGUGCCUGUGCCCAUGGGUGGCAUGUCCCAAGAGGCCCAUGCCAACCUGUACUCCAGGUACCUCUCCUGCCUGCAGAGUGGCUUCAUAGCCCCAGACAAAGCCAGCCUCAGCGAGCCCGGCCAGCUCUAUGGCAAGGGGGAGCUGCCCAUGAAGGAGAAGGAGGUGCUGGGGAAGCUGCUGUCGCCCAUCUCCAGCAUGGCGCACGGUGUCCCCGACGGUGACAAACACUCACUCCUGGGAUGCCUCAACCUCGUGCCACCGCUGAAAUCCAGCUGCAUUGAGCGGUUGCAGGCGGCUGCCAAAGCUGCAGAGAUGGACCCGGUGAACAGUUACCAGGCUUGGCAGCUGAUGGCCAGGGGCAUGGCCAUGGAACAUGGCUUCUUAUCUAAAGAGCAUCAGCUCCAGCGCAACCACGAAGAAGCUUUGGCAACCGCCGGAGUUCUGUUUGAUAAGGAGAAGCGGGAGUACGUGUUAGUGGGAGCAGAUGGCUCCAAGCAGAAAAUGCCUGCUGAUUUGGUUCACAGCACUAAAGUGGGCAAUCAGAGAGACCUGCCAAAUAAGCUCGACCCUUUAGAAGGCAGUCGGGAUUUUUUGUCACAUGGGCUGAACCAGACGCUGGACUAUAACCUGCAGGGUCCCGGGAACAUAAAAGAAAAGCCCACUGAGUGCCCUGACUGUGGCCGUGUGUUCCGCACCUACCACCAGGUGGUCGUCCAUUCCCGUGUCCACAAGCGGGACCGCCGGGGGGAUGAGGAUGGGCUGCACGCAGGCCUGGAUGAUCGGCGCGGCUCGGGCAGUGACCAAGAGUCCCAGUCGGUGAGCCGAUCUACCACGCCGGGCUCCUCCAAUGUUACUGAGGAGAGCGGGGUUGGAGGUGGCCUCUCCCAGACCGGGAGUGCCCAGGAGGACAGCCCUCAUCCUUCCUCGCCAUCCUCCUCAGACAUCGGUGAGGAGGCUGGGAGAGCUGCUGGCGUCCAGCAGCCGGCACUGCUCCGCGACAGGAGCCUGGGCUCCACCAUGAAGGACUGCCCAUACUGCGGGAAAACAUUCCGGACAUCCCAUCACCUCAAGGUCCACCUGAGGAUACACACAGCGUUUGCCUACACCAUAACCAGCAGGAGAGGAGGAAGUGACUUGUCCUCACAAAUUGUGUUGACGCAGCCUCCAGGUGACUUAAAAGGUGAGAAACCCUACAAAUGUCCUCACUGUGACUAUGCCGGCACCCAGUCAGCGUCCUUAAAAUACCACUUGGAACGACACCACCGUGAGCGGCAGAAUGGAGCUGGCCCACUGUCUGGACAGCCCCCAAACCAAGACCACAAGGAUGAGAUGUCCAGCAAAGCCUCUUUGUUUAUCAGGCCGGACAUCCUGAGGGGGGCCUUUAAAGGUCUCCCUGGAAUCGACUUCAGAGGUGGCCCUGCCUCUCAGCAGUGGACAUCAGGAGUGCUCUCCUCUGGAGAUCAUUCUGGGCAGGCCACUGGUAUGUCUUCUGACACUCCUCCAGACACCCUGAAAGGGGCCGACCUUCCUUCCAAGAGUACUCACUUCUCUGAGAUCGGAAGAGCUUAUCAAAGCAUCGUGAGCAACGGUGUGAAUUUCCAAGGGUCCUUACAAGCAUUCAUGGACAGCUUUGUCCUCAGUUCCUUGAAGAAGAAGGAUAUGAAGGACAAAACCCUCUCUGAUCCCCUCUCCAUGAAAGUCCAUGAAGGCAGUGAGGAGAAGCCCAGUGGUAAGUCUUCCCAGAGGAAGUCUGAGAAAUCUCAGUACGAGCCUCUAGACUUGUCAGUGCGGCCGGAUGCCGCCUCCCUCCCAGGCUCCUCGGUGACAGUCCAAGACAGCAUCGCGUGGCAUGGCUGCUUGUUUUGUGCUUUCACAACCUCCUCCAUGGAGCUCAUGGCCCUUCAUCUCCAGGCCAACCACUUGGGCAAAGCAAAACGCAAAGAUCACGCCAUUGUGGGGACAGCCAACUGCAAAGAGCAGGUACGAGAGGCCAGUAAGAUGGCCCUGCUGCCCUCAGUACAAUCAAAUAAAGAGAUGGGCCUUUCCAAUACCAUGGGCUCACUGGACUCUGCGCCAGACAAGAUGGCCCAGGGACAGGCCAAAGAGACUCUGGGGGACCAGAAGAGUGGCCCGUGGCCCAGCCACGUGGACCCUGCAUUUUGUAAUUUCCCACCUGACUUCUACAAGCAGUUUGGUGUUUACCCAGGCAUGGUUGGCUCGGGGUCCUCUAGUUCCUGCCCCAGCAAGGAUCCUGAUGGGAAGACCCAUCUUGAAGAUGACGUUCCGAUCCUGAUCCCUGAAACCACAAAUAAGAGCACUGCUGAUGACCUCUCAGACAUCGCCUCCUCCGAGGACAUGGAUUCCUCCAAGGGAGAGAACAACGACGAGGAGGACCUGGAGACUGAACCGGAAGUGGUGAGCAGCAAACCCCUGUCUGCCCUCAGCAAGGACAGCAACAGUGAUGGUGGGGACAGCCUGUUGCCCACCAGCACCCCCCAGCCGGUCCAGGGACUUGUCUCACCGUUAGCCCCAGCAUCGGAGAAGCAGUGGCACAGUCCAGGCCUUCUUCCUGCCCAGGACCCCUCCGGGGGCCUGCCCAAGCCAGAGCGGGGUCCUGCUGGCCUGGAGAAGCCGCUGAACAUGCUGUCGGUCCUCAGGGCCUACAGCGCCGAUGGCUUAGCAGCCUUUAACGGACUUGCAAGUAGCACAGCAAAUUCUGGAUGUAUCAAGAGGCCAGACUUGUGUGGUCACAGGCCUUUCCAGUGCCGCUACUGCCCGUACAGUGCCUCUCAGAAGGGAAACCUGAAGACCCACGUCCUCUGUGUCCAUCGCAUGCCUUUCGACAACAGCCAGUAUCCCGACCGCAGGUUCAAGCGCUCCAGGGUUGACUCCGAGGCGUCUGGAAAUUUUGAGGAGCCCGCAGCUGUCAAGGCAGGGAGCUCGGUGGAGCCAACAGAGGAGGGUAGCAAGGGCCAGGAGGAGAGCAACUGAGCAGACCCACUGUACACUGCAAUAUUAUUUUACACAGUUUUAAGAUGAUGCAUCUGUUAAAAGAGUUCGCUAACUGCAUUCCAAGGGGGAAAAAUCAUGUACAAUCCCCCUCACUAGUGUAUAGAACAUUUAAAGAAAUUUUAAAAGAUAUCUAUAUAUAUAUUAAAAAGAAAUCCCCCAGCCCUUGAACAUGGCUGCUAAACUGUUACCCGGCAACAAGUACUUCCAAACAAUGCAGGUGGGAGAAAAGUGAUUUCAAAAAUGCUCGGUGUCUUUAGAGCUCCACAAAGCUAGGGGCCCUUCCAACUGGAAAGUCGUCUUUGUCCAAAAAUAAUGCUCUUAACCGAAAAGCGAUACCAUCUAAAUGAUUUAGCAUUGCCUUGAAGCCGGAGGGGCUGCGUUUUCGUUGUUGAAAACACCUCUAUAAUCUGAUACCAGCUGCUGUCAUUGGCCUAGCACCCUAAUGAGAUGUGCGGUGCCAGUCAGACUGGAGAGGUCACUGCAGAGAAAAUCAAUUCACGUGGGGUCCUUCUGCACUCCCGGAGAAACCUUAGAAGGACCGCAGCCAGCGCCAGGGCUGACCCACACUGCAGAGGACUGCGAUUUUAAAUGUGCAUUAAAAAAAAAAAAAAAAAACCACACACACACACACACACACACACACACACACACACACAGCCAAAUCAAUGGUCAGGAAGUAUCUGCAGACAAACGUCCAUUGCAGAUUUGAUGAAUAAUUCCUUUUUUUAGAUCAAAUUGCAGUAUUGAGAAACAUGUUUUUCCCCCUUCCUUGCUUGUCUUUUUAAUUCUUUUUUAAAAAAUGUUUGGGUGAAGAAGAUGAAUAUUAAAAAUAAAUCGUAAAGUACAUUGCGUAAAAUGCUAGUAAAGCCAGCCAGCCUUAUCCUUAGAAAGCGCUGGUGAGAAACUGCAAUCUAUGUGAAAAUAGAAAGUUGUUUUUCAAUUAUGAUUUUUAAAACUUUACUUGAAUGAAGGCUGCUCUGGUCCCUGUUAUCAGAUAUUAUUUUUUCUUGUGUUGGCUUUUGUAUGUGUCGCAGACACAAAGCCCGAUCUUCUUCUCCAGCAGCUCUUAGGAAAUAGCUGGUAUUAAAGUAUGAAUCUAAACAUCCUGUUCUCUAUCUUUAAUGAAGAAAACUGUUUAAGUUAAAAUGUCUGUUUUUGUAAAACAAAUGUGUUCUAUAUUUUUGUAGACUUUAGAUUUUUCUACUGAUUGGAUACUCCAAAUUUAUCAAGUUCUGCACCACACAAAGGGAGAUUUUUGAGGGUCCGUAAUGAAAUUGUUAAGCGAUUAAAAAAAUGAUUUGAGAAAACCAGGUCAAGGUUUAUUCUUGAAUCUGCUCGAACGAUGCGAAGGUUCCGCCUUUUCACAUACUUCCUUUGAGUGACGUGAAACUGGUGCUGUUGCUUGUGAUGGUAGAGAAGUAUUGAAGUAUCAACUUCUUCUAAAACAAAAUUGUUCAGACUUAAAAAAAAAAUAAAGUAAAAUGUCAAUCUUUCCUUGCAGGCUGGGAGCACACAAUAAAACCCCAGGGCCUUAAAAACUUCAGCUCUGCCUACAGCAGUUUACAGAAAUACUAAACUGCAAUCAAUGUAAAUAAAAUUCUUAGCGCUAUCCUGAGACCAGAAAGAAUCUCAGGCUAAUAAGGAAUCCGGUUUGCAUAUGCUGUCAAAGGGUGUCAUCUAACCGAGGUUUCAGUGCAAAUGAGGUCUCUGUUCAACUCAGACCCAUCUGGCAUAGAGCAAGCUGCUUUCUUGUUUUCCUAGUCUAGUUCUCACUGCCUUACUUAAAUCGAGUUGAUAAACUUAAUGCAACUGUUUCUAUGAUCCUAGAGAAAGGACUGAAAAUGUUAUUGGAAACUUUCUGACUGUAGUAAGCUUUAGGAUUUUAACUGCACUACUGUGUUUGGUGACUCUGCCAGUCGCUUGCUUUCUGUGUGUUUGCCCUGCCUUUGGUAUCUUAGCAAAGAAAAAUAAAAAAAAAAAUAAGUAAAAAAGAAGAAAAAAAUCAAGAAAAAAAUUUUAAAAAAGUGGAAAAAAAUGAGAGCCACAUUCCAUUUCUAGCACUUUGGGAGCUCUUUCAGUAUUCUUUGUGUCUUCUGGGCAUCGUCAGAUGCGACAGGCAAUAAUUCUGUUUGUGACACUGGGAACAUCCCCUCUUUUUUGUGGCGUGUGUGUUGAUUCCAUUUUGUCCAGUGCUACCAUCCUUAUCCCCCCUCUGACACAGGCCUUCUUUCCAGAACAUUUGUAACUUGUAAUACAAACAAGUGACAGCCGCAGUGAUGCUAUGUCAUCAGGUUCUCAUAUCUAAACAUGUCAAGUUUUUUCCCUGUAACUUCUGUAGUCUGUGAUGCUGGUCAUAAUACUGUCUACAUUCCUACGCAAAGAAAAAAAUCUAUCUUGGAGGAAAUCUGAGAUCAAUAGAGUAGAGGAUUUUGUUGCUAUGCUUGUAACAAGUAGAAAACUUUGUAUUUAAAGUUUAUUCUUGGUCAUUAUUUAUUAUUAUAAUACAUCAGUUGACAGAACUUUAUUCUGGUAUAGAAAGUAUUAAAAGUUGUUUUUUCAGCAAUGACUGUUUUCUUUCUGCUGUUAGAAUAAAAUGUCUUUGAAGCA